AUGGCGAAUAAAAGUGAAGUGCAUGCGUCGAUCAGUAAGGUAACUGACAGUUCGACUGAUGAUGAGACCGGAAUUGACAACGAAUCAAGAUCACAAUCAACGCACAAUGAAGGCUCCACCAGCCGUACCAGUAUUCGACGUUCGUUGCGUGUUGUGUCGCCGAAUGUGCGCUAUUCGAAAGAUUACGUGACAACAAACCGGCUCACGAAACAGCAGCGUGAUGGGAACAACAUCGUCGAUUCGACCGAUGAAACGGACGAAGAAACGGUACAGCCACGGACAGUAGGAAAUGUGGACAAUGUUCGGCGAUCGCUUCGUAUUACGUCUCCGAACGUGCGCUACUCGAAAGACUACGUGACGGAGCAACGAACGCCGAAACGGCGUGAGGCUAAAGCGGAAAGCUCGACCGAUAAUAACAGUGGCAGCGAGGAUGAUUCAUGGCCAGCGAGCGAAAGUGGUGAUGAGGAUAGUUUGGAAAUGCUGAAUAAUAAGGUUGCCGCAACAACACUGUUCGAGGCCCAGAAGGAUGUACCCGGGACCGGUAUUUACGGCUUCCAAACGCCAAAGAAACGUGGAUUGAUGAGCGCCCUGGCACAGGCUUGCAGCGCUACCCGUACGCCACGCGCAGAUCCGAAGACACCGACGCAUUUGCGAAAAAUGAACAAGAAAGAUUUACGGAAAGCGUUACAAGCUUAUGUGGAGGGAGAAUUUUCCGCUAGUGAGAGCGAUUACGCACCAUCCGACGAGGAAGAUGAGUCGGGUACUGAUGAUGGGGAGAAUGAGGAUGAGGAGGAGGAAGAGGAUGAGGUCAGCGAUUCUUCCGUUGAUGGGCAUUCGGAUAAGGGACGCAAAUCAACGACUGCGCGUAAUAUUGUACCACCCACCCCAAAGGCUCCCGUUCCGGCCAGUAUACCGCAAGCUUCCGCCAGCGCUGGCCAAACGCUAGCCGGCUCUCGCGCCACUCGCAGUACGGUGAACAGAGCAUCCGCCGGCACACAAUACUUCGUCGAAAGUGACAAUUACUUUUCGUCGCACACCAGCGCCAAAUCCGCCACGUCCGACCACACGCUGGAUCGGCUCAGUACGCCACGAUUGGCCCAGGACGUGUUGCAGCGCUUGCUGCAGGACACGAAUGCUUCCAACCUGCAUACUGCCGCCAUACAAGACAUGCUAGCCGAGCACGAGCAGCAGUUCGAGCGCUGGAUGUUUCUGCUGAACGAAGGCUUCAGUGUGCUGCUGUACGGGCUCGGUUCGAAACGGUCGCUGCUGCAAACAUUCCACCACAAGCUGCUGGCGGACCGUUCGGUGGUGGUAGUGAACGGGUUCUUCCCAUCGCUCACCGUGAAGGACGUGCUGGACGCGGUCGCGAACGAGUUGCUCGAGCUGCAGCUGCAAACCACGCUCCUCCAUCACGAAACGAUCGAUGAGAUCAAGCUAGAGCUAGCGCUCCAGCCGGAUCGACACAUCUUUCUGCUCGUGCACAACCUCGACGGUGCGGCAAUGCGUAACGGCCGCAUGCAGUCGACGCUGUGCCGGCUCGCCAGCAUCCCGAACGUGCACCUGAUCGCCACAAUCGAUCACAUCAAUGCACCACUGCUGUGGGACGCCUCGAAGCUGGGACUGUAUAACUUUUGCUGGUGGGACGUUACCACCAUGCUGCCGUACAGCGUCGAGACGGCGUUCGAAAACUCGCUGCUUGUGCAGGGUGGCGGCGCACUGGCCCUCUCCUCGAUGGGCAGCGUGUUCGCAUCGCUCACGUCGAAUGCGCGCGGCAUCUUUAUGGUGAUCGUGAAGUACCAGCUAGCGAACAGCGGUCCUUCGAACCCGAACUAUGCCGGUAUGCAGUUCAAAGAUCUCUACUGGUCCUGCCGGGAGGCGUUCUACGUGAGCAGCGAUAUCGCGCUGCGGGCACAGUUGACCGAGUUUACCGAUCACAAGCUACUGCGGAUCAAGCGGUCGCUGGACGGGUCAGAGUAUCUCACCAUUCCGAUUGAGCACGGUUUGCUGAAAAAGUUCGUCGAUGAAGCUGCGAAGAAAUUGUAA